AUGGUUUCUCCUAGUGCUGCUAAAGCCGCUGCUAUCGCUGCCGCACACUCAUUCAACAAACUUCUCAGUCAACCUAAAGCUGUAUCAAAAUCUCGUGCAACUGGGGAAUUAGACGAUGGUGUCAAGAAACUUCGUCGCAUGAUUCUUGUAGAGGGAAUACCAUCUGACAUUGACCCAACCUUACGCCCCCGAAUCUGGAAAAUACUACUACGAGUGAACGAACUAUCUACGGACACGUACCUUGACUAUGUUUCCCGUGGUCCAUGUCAGGUUAGGGAAAAAAUUAGAAAUGACACGUUCAGGACACUAGCAACCGAUAAAGGGUUCAAAGAACGCGUGCGUGAAGAUAUGCUUGUUCGACUCCUCGAUGCUUUCGUUUGGCGGAGUCAUGACAGACAAGACAUGGAUCAGCUAGGGUUCACGUACGUACAAGGCAUGAACGUACUGGCGGCACCAUUUCUUUACACCAUGCCUUCUGAGAUUGAAGCUUUCUUUUGCUUUGCAAAAUUUAUCGAAGAAUGUUGUCCGUUGUACGUUCAACCCACACUUGAAGGGGUGCACAGUGGUUUGAAGUUGCUUGACAGGUGUCUUCAAUUUGUGGACCCAGAGCUGUUUGGAUACCUCAGAUCUAAAAAUCUUUCGGCCGAGAUUUAUGCGUUUCCUUCUGUAUUGACAUUGUGUGCUUGCACGCCACCUUUGGACCAAGUGUUGCUUUUAUGGGACUUCUUGUUGGCCUUUGGGGUGCAUUUGAAUGUGUUAUGUGUCAUUGCUCAGCUGCUGCUAAUGAGAGAUGAAGUCAUGGCUUCUCCGAGCCCAAUGCGACUUCUGCGAACAUUUCCAGCGUUGGAAGCUGUUUCUGUUAUAGGUAUAGCUGUCACACUUGUGCGAGAUCUUCCUGCAGAACUCUAUGAGGAACUGGUCAAGCAUCCUUUCGAAGUCCGAAACUCGAUGGAGACGUAA